AUGACGUGCUCCAAGAAGUUCAUGCGGAACUACAAGGGGUUUGACGCUGUGGAUGUCCAUCUCGCGGAUGAUGGAAUCGUCCAAGCAAUCGGCAGUGGGGACAUUGUCAUGUCGAUGAAGACACCCCAAGGGAUGAAGAAAGGUGUGCUCACAAACGUGUGGCACAUCCCAAAGUUAUCCAGAAACCUGUUCUCGGUCGGCCGCUUCACCAAGGAUGUCGGCCCAGUGACGUUCACGAAGGAUGGGUGCUAUGGAGAAGCGAAAGGGACCAAGUGGAAAAUUGGUGCCCGUGAAGGUAAAGGACUGUUCAAGCUGCAAAUGACUCCAGUGGCGCCGGAACAAGCAAAUGCAGCCAAGUCGUCGGGAUGUCAAGGGGGCACCAAGUCAUACCUCUGGCACCUUCGGCUUGGCCACAUAGGUCACGAUGGACUCAAUUGCAUCGUGACGAAGAACAUUGGAAUUGGCAUCGACAUAUCUUCGGUGAAGAAGUGGGACGUGUGUGAAGGUUGUGCUCUGGGAAAACAGACUCGAGUGCGCUUCCAAUCAAACACUACAGCUCGCACCUCCAAACUCCUCGAAGUGAUUCACAGCGACGUAUGCGGACCGAUGUCGAUGGCAACUUUCAGUGGAAAACGGUACUUCGUGACAUUCAUUGAUGACAAGUCAAGAUACUGUGUCGUCUAUCUGCUCAAGAGCAAAUCUGAAGUUGCGGCGAAGUUCAUGGAAUACGCUGCGAUGGCCGAAACGCAAACCGGAAAGCGCGUGAAGUACCUUCAAAGCGACAAUGGGGGUGAAUACUGUUGA